AUGCAUGACAAAUCGCUGCGGGUGAAUGAUGCUGGCAACUCUGGCAGCGCCGCCAGCAGUCGGCAGACACCGACAAUCAGACGGACGCGGGAACAGCUAAGGCAAGUGCUAGGGCAACAGCUGACCGGCGCUGUGGCACCGUUGACAGCGACGCCAUUGGCCGUCCUAAGCCGCCGCCAGCCGGCCAUUGUUGCGCCCAGAUCGGGCGCAGAGGCUGCACAGCGCUUUGCCGUCUCUGCUGACGAGGAAGAGUCCAGCGAGGAGGACAGCGAUGAGACAGAAAACGAAUCGGACACCGACACAGACACCGAAACGAACACGGAUACGGAAACGGACACUGACGAGGCACAGGAGCCACAGCAGGAAUACAAUCCGUAUCGUGACAAUUUUAACGACCGCAACGAGGACGGCAGCUACGUAUUUGGCUACGCGCUGCCAAACGGCGUACGCCGCUGGGAGCGUGGCUUCUAUUCGGAGCAACAGCAGCAUGGUCUGGUGGUCGAAGGCUUCUAUGUCCAGCCUCGUAAUUACGGUCAUACUGUUCAAUAUGAGCUGCGCUGCUAUCGCGCCGAUGCACAUGGCUAUCAUCCGCUGGCAGUGGAGUAUUUGAGACAGUCGCCUCGUGUGCGUCGUGAUGAGUUGCCUAAUGUACGCUGCUUGAAAUUUAAUCGAUAACACCAAUAACGAUAACACAAGAUGUCAAUCUAUGUCUGCCGAGCUUCCAAACUC